UAAUUAGUUGAAAAUAGUACGCAAUGAAGGUGCUGCAAAACUGUUUUCCUUUAACACCCUAACUUUGAUCUACCAAUCGGUCUAUAUAGUUUUACUGUGAUAGAUUUUAAAUUCUAAAAUUAUUUGUCGGUUGGAUGUGAACCAAAUGAAUAAAAAAAUGGAUGAAUUUAUUUAAAUGUUUUCAAAUUGGUUUUGGAAGAGUGGAUUUCUGUGAAGGAAUAAGUUUGAAGUGGUAUUGGCAGGGGGCUCGGUUAAGGCAAAUCCUAUGAAGAGAUUUUUCGACGGUACGGCUCACUAAAAGAGCAAAAAUUGUUUUUAUCUUGUAGAAACGGAACGUGUCUCUCUUCGCUGAUUUUGCAGCAACCUGAUGUUGAUAAAGUAAGGCUAGCUGUAUCAUAGGACGACCAUUAAAAUGCUGGUUCAUAUUUUCUAUCAAUUGGGAAGUCGGGAUGACCCUUCAUUAUUUAAAAUCAAGCUACAAUUGGCAAUGUGGAAUUACCUUUUUUAUGUAGAGAUAAAAUGUCUCUAUUCUGGAAUCUACUUAGUCAGUUUAGAAAACAAUGAAAAGGUCAUCAGUUGUAUUUAUAUUAAUUUCUAGGUCGAUACCAUAUGAGCUACUAAUUAGUUUUUGUGAAUAUGAAAUACGUUUGCUGUUUAUGCGGAAUAUGAUAAUCAGUUCUAAAGAGAACAGGUUUCCGCAACGGUCCUCGUGGGACGGACAAUAAAAUUGAAAAGAUGUACUCCUGUACAGAAUUUGCUUUCUUAUGCUUUUAAUUAAAUUACAAUUUUCCUGAUUAAAGCAGAUUAAAUGAAAAGUGCUAAAUAUGAUUAAUGUGAUACAAUAAAUGAAGGUAAUACGAAAAAUCUUGUAGUUGUACAAUUACAUAAAUGAAACAGUUUAAGAGCCCUUUAUAAAUCCCACAUUCUUGACAUAAUCUGCAAUCCGGUAUUCGUGUUUUUCUAAUUUCACUUUCUUUUUAAAGGCUUGUAAUUUUUAAGUUUUGUAUCAUUCGGCAAUUUAUCCCAUAUUUUCUGUCCCUUGAAUCUGGUUGUAUCAGUUUCAUGUUCGGCUGUUCUUCCUGUUGGUAACUGUAAAUUUAUCUUGCCUCUUAACUCCCAUAACCGAAAAUUCCCCUUUCUCAUUCAAUCCGCGUUUGUAGCUCAUCUAGUUGUACAUGUACGGUCAAUAAUGUCACAUUCCAUUUUUUGAAACUAUAGAGACACCAACAACAUUCCUUGCACCAUUCCCAAGGAACAUUUUGCAUAUACCUCGGUUGGAUCCACAGAAAGAUUUCAUUCUUCAAGCGAAUUAUGACUCGUGAUUCGCAUCAAGUAAAAGGAUCCCCACCGCCCCCCCCCCAAUUCGCUUCCUUGCAAAGCUACUGGAAAUGCAUAGCGAAGUCAAACCAACCUGUUAGAGCAAUUAGAUAGAAAAUUUCUAAAAGAGAUAAGUCAACGGAAAAGAAACAAAGGCAACAUUGUAUUGCGUUUCAGGCACCUAUAGCUGCACCAUGACAUUUUAUAAGGUGCGCGGGCAGCUAAGUUUAAAAUUUCUAUAUCAAAUCAGUGAAGAAUCCUGGGUCAAGUAAGAUUGAUUUCAUAGAAUCAAUGGGUCAUGACAAAUACAUCUAACCAUCUUUUUGAAUUAAUAAGCCUUUCCGAUACAGCACGUCAACAACAGAGGAACUACAUUUAAAUCGAUGAGGACAUUUCAUUGACAAACAUUUAAAAUAAGCCUUUAACUGAAGUAGUUGUACGUCUUGACCGACUGUUUAAUAGGAUGCGCGAUGAGCCACCGGUAAAUCUGCCUGCAGCUAUAGUUUGAGGGUAAUAAGCGUGGCAGCCGAUCAAUCAUGCGAUUGAGGGUCGUUUGUCAGCGCGUAUCUAGUCUUGACCCGUGAAAAAGAUUCGUGCAGUCAGGGCAGCUAGCUAUGAGAAGCUUCCCUUAUCGUUAAUCUCUUACACUUCAAAAUCAUUUAUAUUUGUAACAGUGUGACCUCUUUGAAGCAUUGUUCUAUAUGAUAUUGGUUUUUUGCAUUGAGGAAUCUGGUAAAGGAGUUUUCCAACCGAAGAAGAGGCGUACACCAGUAUUCGAUGGCUGGUGUCCCCCCAAUUGGCGACAUCUCACCGACACAUCCAAGUCCCCGUGGAGCGCAAGAGCCAAGAAAAAUGGAUGGCAACAUCAGUAGCAACAAUAACAACAACACUGGGGUGCUAUGCUUGAAUAAAUUUAAGCCAUUGCCUCCCAUCUCAAACAUUCCUGGCCUAAAUCCGGAUUCUGAAGUUAUUGCAGCGGCCGAAAAGAAGGUGUUUCGUACCUUCAAAGUUCUGGAAACCGAUUCUGCGUACGUCAAACUAGCAAAGCAAGGAGGCAGAAAGAACCUAUUGGAAUACAAAGAAUUUAACAACGAGUAUUUGAGAAAGAAAGAAAGCCAAGUGGCAACAAAGCGUAAAGAUGCAGUCAAAGGAGAAAACAAUAACAAGACUAAAAUUGGCAAUGGGAACAAAACAAUUGAAGAAAGCAACAACAACAAUAACAACAACAACAAUGAUAUUGAGUGGAGCAGUGGCAACAACAAUAAAGAAAAUAAUAACAACAACAACAACAGUAACAACAACAAUGUUAUCAAGAAAAAGGCAUUUACAGUCCUGAAGAAAAAAGGCGAAUUCAAAGAGCGCCCAGACAUCCUUCCAGUUGACCAAACUGAAAUCCUGAAGCACCUGAACGCACCAAAACGUCCGAUACUGCCAAAGAUAAAGCAUUAUCCCAGGCUUGCAGCUCGAUUCGUCAAAGUGGGAGGGCGCUGAUUGAUGUCACAAUAAGACUGUUAUGUUGCAUUUUCACAGAUGAUAGGUAUUUCGUAUAUUUGCGAACAGGAAUUGAUUUAGAAUAUAGAUAUUGCUUAUGUUUGAAAGAUUUAAAUUUCAUUAUUUGUAUAGAUAUUGCUGAUCUUUGCUGAGAGUGUUAGCAAUUUAAAUAGGGCUUUGAAAAUUCAAUUCCGCAUCGUGGAUGUUUCCAGGCAAUUUUGAAGAACUGCAAAAACAGCGUAUAUCCAUCUAAGCUUGGAAUUUGCGUACCCUGUGGUCUGACGCAUAAAGAUUACAUAAGACAUGGGUUACGUCAAAACAUAUGGCGAUGUUACAUGUAUUUCUGCCGACGCGCACACACAUUUUUAUCAUUUUCACAUUUUUUGGGGUUCUGAAACUCGAUAACUGUUUGAGCAACUCAUCGUCAUGCGUCUGCUAUUAAUAAUUAUCCAUUGUGAUCAAUAUUUAUACGUAAAACGAUCGCAUAAAAGAUGCCUUAUUUGCUAAAACUGUUUCUUAACAUGGUUUUUAGAAAAACAGCCGUUUCCUACGCAAAUGGUUUGUUAGCUUAGCCUCUGUGAGUGCUAAUUGUUCUUUGAUCAGCCAUCAAAAGGGCAUCAAGAUGAAUCAGCUUAAAGUUUUGCGUUCAAUCCUCUAACAGAUCUCGCAAACUUAUUCCAAGUUUUAUCGAAGCAACUUUUGUCUGUAGUGUGAUGAUAUCUUCCAAAAAAGAAUUUACAGAAUACAAUAACAUCAUUAACGAAUUUUCAUGCAUGACAUAGCAAAAGCUUUAUCAAUGUAGGCAGAAUAUUGAUCACAGAAAAUUUGUGUACAAUAUUUUACCGAGGGCUUGCUUGAAUUUAUUAAUAUCCCCUUAACAGUGAUGCAUUUGUCUCUAAGUAGCAAAGGAGCUGCUUCAUUUAUUCGUAAGAACUAUCGAAAGUAAGGAAUUAUUUAUGUAUGUUGUAAAAAUGUAUUAAAUUUUGUUUUGGUUUUUUCUUAGCUUCUCUGUUACUUUGUAAAUAAAGUGGAGGAAUUGUAAGGUUACCCUGUACAGGCAUCAGAAGAUUGAGUAAAGUGCAGAUUAAUUAAAAAUGCUGUUGAUAUUUGAUUUGAUAUCAAGAAUUAUCAGAAAUGGUCUAUCGAAGUUUCUCAACGAUUUUAUCAGAAUUUGUAAAACACAAACAUACAUGGUGCUAUUCAUCUCCGCUAUGGUGAAGAUGUUGGUAAAUUACAUUUUAAUAUUGAACAAACCGUAGCCAAUAUCAAUGCCACAGUUUAAUGUGGAUUUUGCUAGUCACUUAUUCGUGGCUGUUCUGUUACUAGUAACUGGCUGGCAAAAACAUCAUACUUAAAGGUGUUAUUUCAGGGAUAAGCAUGCAAUGACAAUAAAAGGCAUAAUGGUAGAAAUAAAUCACUCUUCGGGCGCUCACGUUCCCCCUCAAAAAUCGUGUUACCAGAAAUGCAAAUAUGAAAAUACAAUCACAUCUUUUCCAUAUCCUUACCGUACUAUAACCUCUAGAGAACAUUUCAGCAUGAUUUGAGAUGCCUUUAAGGUUUCAAGUGAUGCAGAUUAAUUUGUGGUUUCUGUACUCAUACAAAUUAAACAGAAAGUUGAAACCUCAGGUGACAGGGCUUUCAAGGGAAUAAAAUAUCAAUAGGACAAUGCUUGGAGGUGAUUUUAGGAGUGUAGAAAACAGAGAAGAUAUUCAUUUGAAAGCUGUCUGCUGGUGUUGUUGAAAGAGAGAGCAUCACUGCUAGAAAUGAUAACUGACACAGCAACUUCUAUCGAAGAAAAAGGAAUAUGAACCGAACAAACAAAAUGUGAUAAUUUUUGGCACUGGAUUCAGAAUGAAACGACCAGUUCGCUGGAUGAGCACGGACUAUCAAAGCAAUGUUUGAAAGGUCCCUCGUAUGCGAAGCAACCUUAGCCUUUUUAAGCAUGCAUAGUUGGAAAUUAACUGACAUUCGAGCAUGACAGAAAAAGAAGUCAACGAAUUUGGUCACGGGUUGCUGCACAAAGCUGUUAUUCAUAACAGAUUGGAUAAAUUUGUUUACCUUCUUCGGACAGGACAUGACUUGAAUGUAGAAGAUGAGCUUGGAUUCUCGCCUCUUCACCUAGCGGCAUUCUUGGGAAGAUGUGAGAUUUUGCAGUUAAUGUUCAAGCUUAUCUAUGAUGAACAAAGGGAAGCGCUGCUACAGAGACCUCACGAUUCACUGACAAAAGGCGAGACUUGUAGAAACACUCAUUUCAUUGAUAUCAACGCCAGGACAAAGAAUGGACAAACGGCACUACAUUUAGCUGUAAAAAAUGGUCAUUAUGGUGUUAUUGUUUCUUUAGCGAGUUUAGGGUGUAACCCAAACAUUGUAGAUCAGAGUGGCCAAACAGCUUUGCAAGUUGCAGAAAAACUUAAUCAAAGAGCUUGCAUUGAUGCUCUGAAGCAAAAACAAGAUUUUGCUGGAGAGAAAGCUGUCCUUUAUCACAGCACAGGCGCGUUGAGAGAAGAAGACUUCAAGAUGGCAAGAAAUGAAGCUGUUUUGAAAUCAAAAGAGGUGCCAGUUUUUCAAGCUGAUACCACUCUAAACGAAAACCUAAUCACACACCAAACUCAUGUUGCUAUCAACAUCUGCAACGCUAAAGAUGUAGAGCAAUUGGGACAAGUAUCUGAGGACUUGAAAUCUUUUAUAGACGAUUCAGUGGGGACAACUACAGCUGCAGGUAAGAGUGAAAAUGCUGCAAUAGUUGAUAGUUCGUCUUUUGCUUCUACUUCAUGCAACAUAAGUGAAAGCAAGCUAAAUAAAUCCGCGGAAAGCUUGCAGAUAUCAAAGGAAUUGCAAUCAGGUUUUGAGGAAAAAAGGGUAAAUCGCAAAUCAAAGGUUCACGAUCAGAUUCUUUGUUUAAAAUGCCUACUGAAACGGAAGUCUGGAUAUCCAAGUAAAUUAGUUUCUUCCAUAUCAGGACUGGAUAUGGGUGCGAACCAGUCUGUAGAUACAGCACCUCAGGCCAGUGAUAUGUGGGAGGUCUGGGAACUUAAUAAUAACCGGAAUGACGACAAGAAGGAAUGGAACAGUCCAAACAGGUCGCGCAAAAAUUUUGGACAACAUUUCGAGCCAUAUGCUUCACGCUCAAUUCCUGAUUUUUUAAAUAAAGAAUCUUCUCUAUUGUUGGGGUCUUUAGAACUCAAGCAUAAAGAUUAUCACAACGGUUUCAAAGCUUUGCACAACGAAAGCCAAGAAAGAAGCUUUUCUUGUCCUGAACUGUCUUUGUUAACUGAGAAAUCGACUGAUGAUCAAAGUCCUAUUAAUAUUACAAACUCGGUUCAUGGCUCAUUGAAAGAGAGGCUUGAGGAUUCCGAAGCCAGGAAAUCAAUAGAAGAAUUUGGAAACGACAGUUUUGAAACUGACAAUAAUCGAAUACAUUCGAGCGCUUAUUUUGAUGCAGAUAUAAGAACCAGCCUGCCUUCAGUCGUCCUAACAAGUCUUGAUGAAUCACCUCAUGUAUCUAGUAGCAACUUAAUCUCGUAUUCAAUGAGUCCGAUUCAGAGUAAGCCAGAUCUGCCUUACUUUUUCUGCGAAGACAUUUAUCACAUUCGAUCUGAUUCAGAUUUACGUGGGAAAUUUCGUAGCAAGAUUCACCAUCCAAGUUUGACUGACGACUUGUUAUCAAGAAGCACAUCCUACCUGUCUCAAUGCAUUCUUGAAGAGCAAAUCGAUUACUUUCCUUGCAAAGAUGACUCGUGUCUAUUUACACCAAAACACAAAUGUUACGACUGGAGCCUAUCGCUGGAUUCUCCGAAUGAUUGCGAUAAAGAUCAUUUAACGGUCAGUAUUAGAUCACGUGAUGAGGACACGGCCGUGGAGCCUGCGUACUCGUAUAUCUGUUCUGAGAAUGAAGAUCUUGAAGGAUCCUUUGUUUGCUCGGAUUGCGGUGACAUCAUCCCGAAGUUAGGCCUUCAUGCUAAUGACGAAGACACCCAACCGAACAUAAUGAAAGAAUUUGAUGACAAAGAUGAGUUUGUGUUAAUCUGUUAUCCAGAAAGUGAACAUCAGUCUGCAAACAUAGAUGCCAUCGAUAGAAAAAAGAGAAUAGAAACUAAUUUGUUAACAAAAUCGAUGUGUAUUUUUCCUCGAGAAGACAACACAAGGAUCAGAAGGCUAUCGGGGGUUCAUGGAAGCCUCGAGAAUAUUCAAGAAAUUGAAACAGAGGCUGAAAGAGAUAGUGAUUGCGAAGAAAGUGACGCGGGUUCAGAAUAUAGCGAGCAUAGUUGUAAUCUUAGAGAAAAAUCAUCGGAUUUGUUAAAAGUUCCUGAGAACAUCGAAGAAUUCAAAGGUAAAGAGAAAGAUAGGGAGGUGAAGGGUGAUCAGAAUGAUUGUGAAGCAAGGUGUAGUGAAGAAGAGGGUAAUUGUAAAGGUAUUUUUAAAAACACCGUAGAAGGAGAGAAAGUAUGUUGUGUAAUGGAUGGUGAAGGAUGUGCAGAUAUAUGUGGUGACCUUAAUAGAAAUAUCGAUGAACAUUCAGGUGAACGUUGCAUUGUUGACCAAAUGGCUGAACUACCUGGACACGGACCAGAAGAUGGUAACAGUAUGAAAUCGGAGGGUGUAAAGAAGACAAGUGAAUGUAAUAAUAGGCACUACGACCAUGCCAUUAACAACACCCUAGUUGAUUUACCAAUAAUUGAUGAUACAAAUAAAGUAAUAGAACAAAGUAACUGCAUCGGAGUUGAUAUGGUUUUUAGGAGUGCAAGUGACUGUGUGGAAAAUGCGUUAGCCGUAGAAACUUUGGAAAAACCAGUGAAAACAGACAGCUCAGACGUCAGUUUAGAUAAUGAUGGAUGGAGUAACUCACUGGAAAAAGAAAGCCUCAACAAUGAUGGAAAGCCUCCUACCAGUGGGGAUAAGGUAAACUUACAGGAAUAUGGGACCUUCUUGCUUCCAGGGGAGGCAACGAAAAAGAACGGCAUAUCGACAGAAGAGGUCGAGAAAAACUACGAAAAUAGUUUGAAAGAAGCUAAACAUUCUGACUAUUUGGAAUUUGAAAUCUCGAGCAAGUACGAAAAUGAGCACGAAUGUGCAUCAUCUAGUUGUGAAAAUUACCUCGCAAAAGGACAAUUAGGGAUUGUUGGAACAGAUUUACGCUUCCCCUCAAUAUCAAAGUUUCCAAAAAAGGAAGAAUCGAGUGACGCUAUAAGAAGGUAUAAUUUCUUUAAAAAUACAGAGAAUCUUUCGAACGAUAGCAUCAGUGAAAAGAAGCAAAACGAUUCUUUUGGAAAUGCUGGUGCUGGAUCUCAAGACAUCAUAUUUAUUCCAGCAUUGCCAGUUGUGGCUGGUGAGGAGGGUUUAAUGUUUGCAGCAGUUGUUAAGCAGACCAACAUUUCAGAAAAGAUUUCAGAAAAAGAUGAGGAGCAAGAGAAAUCUUUCAAUGCUCUUGCAGGUAAAUCUGAUUUAGAAUUUAGUACUUUGCAAAUAGACAAAGUUAACUUUAACCAAAGUCAACGUAACCAAAAGGACAAAGAUGUUCCAUACGACCAAAUGGGAGUUAGGAAUAUUGCAAAGGAGAGUGUUAUUGCCAGUAAGUAUGACUCAAAUGCAUGUCCUAAUCGAAAAACGUCCUUUGCUAAAGAGACUCACUUCAGCGAAUAUCAUCAAUGUCAAAUGUGUAACUGCCUUGGGAUUAAUGAUGAUGUGGCCUACGGGUGUUUACAAUGUACGUACGAUAGAGGACUAUCUCAGUCUACGAGCGAAAGCCUGCUCUCCGCUGAUACAGGCAUAGAUGUUGACGACGUGUCGUUGGCAGACUGGGACGAUUUUAGUGUGGGCCUGGAGAAUGUGCAGUCGAGUUUUUCGAAAAGUAAUCGUUGUGUUAGUGAAUUGACAUCAACGCCAACGAUAAGAAGAAAAUCAUCAAAUCAGUUCAGUACACAAGAAGUGAUUGGUGUUUGUGUAAAAAGAAUAAGUUUUAAAGCAGAAGACGGAGUCUGGAACAGGGAAGAAAACAUACAUUGCAAAAUAGAAGAUUCGGGUAGCAUUUCAAAGCGUAUGCCUUCACCAGUCGUUUUAAAAGCAGAGACAAGAACUGCUCAACAAACUCCCGUCAACCAUAAUGACGUGGGGAGUCUUGAAAGUGAACAGGGUAUCGGACAGAAUGGUUUUUCAAGUAGCUCAAUAACCAAUUUCCCGUCGAUCGACAAAAGUCAGUUGGAAAAUGUGCUUUGUAAUAAAGAUUCACAAAGCAGUCACCUCAGAGAUAAUGCUUGCAAGAAACGUCUCGCAAACACUACGAUGAUGGUAGAAAGCUCUUCAUCUCAUUUUUGUGAGUUGAAUCGUACCGUUGAAUUUAGCAAAGGCUUGAUAGAUGAUACAAAUGCAAAAACAAGUGAUCACCUUUUUGGUGUACCUGAUCGAGAAGACUCUAGUAUGAAUUUGUCUGAUAAAGUUAGCGAGAACUCAAGGACAAACGAUUUGAUUUCUUUCAAUAACAUCGAAGAAGAGCUUAUCAACCGUUUCAAAAAACAAAUUUCUUUCAAAGUUUAUCUGACUGGUGGCGAAAGUAAUGUCAUUUGCGAAGAAUUCAACAAUGAUGAGAUUAUGGGCCUAAAAAUUUUUUCUAUAAAUUUAAAGACAGGCAGUGAACACUACUGUGAAUCGACGAAUAUUGAAUCAACAACUGCCAACAUCCUUCAUAUAAAUAGCUGUAUAGCGAUUUUCCGAAAGAAAAAAACGACAAAUGAUGUUAGAUUAAUCUGCUAUAAUUUUCAAGGGGAAGCAAGUAGAACAAAGCUACAUGACUGUUGGCUGAUGAAAGAUGCAAAGGCCUUUGCUCUUGUUUUUAUAAAAAUUGCCGAAAGCUCUACGCCUAAAAGACUGCAAUACAUUCUUGCGAGAAAGCUUAUCCAACAAGCUAUACUUAGAAAAACAUGUAAUAUAAACGUUGUCGUUAACUGGAUCCUUGUUUUCCUUGGACUUAUUAAGAGCGAAAGACCUGUUGAUACGUCCAAGGAAUUAUCGAAAGUUUUGUCGUUGCUUUGCCAAGUCGUGAUGCUACCAUAUUUUGAACUACGAUACACUCGUCAAAUCGCGUUCACGGUCGCUCGGCCACAUGUCAUGUUUAUUGAUCACGCAGAAUCUCGCACGCAGUUCCUCAUCACUUGCAUAAACAUAGAAAUAAGCAGUGUCUCGUUUUCUUGUAAAUAUCCGUUUAAAAUAUUUGUUGCAGUUCACAAAUACCUGUCCAAUCUUGAUGACGAUCUUAACGUAGCAAUCCGGACACUUGACACGCAUAUGGCGGAUUUUUUAUGUCAUGAAAACAGUCUCGAUUUUGUCAGUGACAUUCUCAUUUACUUAGGCCUACUUAAAAGCGAAUUUCCAGUCAAUACGACAACGGAUUUUAAAUCAUGCCUUCCACUUCUCGCUCAUAUCGUUAGACAAGCGUAUUUUCCAGAAAAUGGAGCAUUCCUACUUCAUGCUUUCAUCAUAAAACCAAAUGCAUUGCUGAAAGAUCUCAUGGUAGAAACAUCGAAUUUGUUGGCUGCUUUGGAAUCUAAAACAAUUAUGAAUUCAAAGAAGAAGGAAAAGUCGAUCGGAAUUGGCCCAAGCGAACCAGUGUUUCAAAUAACCGAUGAACUAUAGCUAUAGUAAAAUAACCAUAUUCUUGAUGAAAUAUUUCGAAUUGCCUACAGAUUAGCGAGAAAACAUUAUAGCUUAUAUAAAAUCAAAUAAACUUAGGGAUAUCUCCAUUUCAUCCAAAGCGUUUCAUGUAACACCCUUCAUUCUUUGCCCAAUUUGCACCGAGAUACAAGGUUAUCAUUUUUGGUUUCAAUUGUACUUUUAUAAAGAUAUGUUCAAUCAUGGGACGCUAAAAAGCCUUUGAACAUGUAGCCCUGGGCUUCAUUCUAACCUCAAAUUACUUAUAAUCGAUCAUAACGUUUACUUUGGACAAUACUGUAAUUUUCACGCGUCUGUUCAAGAUCUUAAUAAUUAGCUUUUUGCCACAGGUAAAAAUUUAGAAUGAAAACCGAUAUUAGACAUAUUUUUUCUCGGUUAUGGGAAAUUGCAUGUAGCAACAAUCUCUGACAGAUAUCAUUUUGUCAGGAAGAGGUUUAAGAAAAGCUCAUUUCCCAGUUUCCUGAAAACAAUUAGACCUUUUUUACUCGAAAAAGAUAAUUCACGCGCCGAAAUUUCUGCAAAUCAGUUCAAAGCCGUAGUGAUUUCAUUUAUCAUGUCGUUUCUCAGCAUUUCAGUCAGUUUGGGAAACAACCGUUUCUAGGUUUGAAUGUCCCGUUUUGCUUAUUGGAUAAAAAUGGCAAAUCAGCAAAGCGAAACAAAGGCUAGAGAGUUAUUUAUGUGUUUUCAAUGAAUAUAGGCAAAUACGGAGAAAUAAAUCAACGCCAGUAGUUUUUUAAACGUCGUUAGCUUAAGGCUUUAUCGAGGCUUUCCUGUCGAUUUUGUUGUUGUUGUUGUUGUUGUUUCGGUUGCUGUUAGUUUUGUUAUUGCUGCUGUUUUUUAAUCCUUAUGGCGAUGUUAUUGCUCUUGUCUCUUCAUUCUUGAGGCAUUUCUGUUGAUCCUCCUUUGUUUGUUUAUUGUUGUUGUUGUUGUUGCUGUUCCUGUUGUUGUUGCUGUUCCUGUUGUUGUUGCUUAUUGCGUUGUUGGCCAUUGUUGCUGGCAGUGUUUUGUUUCUUCCUUAAUUUUUAGAAACUUUAGAAACAGGUUUUUAUCAAACUUUCCAACCUCAUGUAAGCGCUUUCUUCGUCUAAAUUGAAAACAUCAAAAGCAUCCAAAAAAUCUAACUUUGGAAACGCAUGCAUGCAUGAUCCAAUGAAUCUAGUGAAACCUGUACUUAUUAUUGUUUAGUACCAAUAUUACAAAGAAUCUGGAGGUGGUUUGAAGGUCACGGUAGCAGUCAACAUUCAAAACUAACUUUUAAUCUAAUAUAUUAGAGAUGUGGGCGUUAUAAUCACUUUUCGGUAUGUAUGCAAUGUAUAGACAGUUCUUUGAUAUAGAUUUGUUUAAAUGCAGCUGUUAACAAUAUUUAUUUAUUUAUUUUUCGUGAAUUAUUUAUAGAAUUAAUGAUAUAUAUUUUAAGUACGUAUGUUGAACCUGAUAUCAUUGGCAGCAGCUUUAAAUCCUCCGCAUAAACACAUUUAAUUUUUCCGAAUCACCCGUUCAUUAGUCUUUAAAAACUUCUGGAGUUCAACUUUUGUGCAUAAUGAAAGAGGUGAUGAUAAAGGGAGUAUGAAAUACUACCUUACUGCCCCUCCCCCCACUAUCUAAAGAAGAGUUAUUAAACUACAUUGUUCAUGCCACAAUACCACAGAAUAGUUGACCCAGUUCCAUGUGUUAGUUUAUUCUGAUGUUUCAUCCAGAGCAAUUUAACUCAUCAUAACUAGAGAAAUAGUGCAUAUUCUCUUUAGAAUAUCAACUGGAUUCCUUACGGCAGCGUAGGUACAAUACUGUAAAGACACAAAAUUAAUACUCAAUUGCAAUGUUACUGAAAGAGAAUUUGAUUACGAACUUAAAGACAGUAAUAAAACUCAUUUUUAUAGCAUUCUGAUUAACAUCAGUGCGUUUUUGGAAGUCGACUCAUUAAUAAAGAUCCUGAAAUGGAGCCUAAACCCUUAUUUUUUAAGAAACACUACUACAGUAAAUUUUGUGUCUGUGACGGUAAUACUUUUUGCUGAGGAAUUGUUUCCCUUUUGGCAUAUAAACGUAGCCUUAAUUAGCAAAUCCCAUUCCCCAUGUUUACUUUUCUAACUGGACGUCUGCCAGUAGCUUUGGUCUGUAACAAUCUAUUUGCAAGCUGAUUUUUAUACGCCUUAAUCAAAUAAGGAACAAAUUUCGGGUGUUUUUCGUGUAUCAAUUUCAGUGAAAUUCGAGUGAGCAAUGUAUGAUAUAAAAAUAUCUCUUGACCUAUGGAAUAGGAUUAACAAUUUUGCCACAUUUCGUUUAUACGUAGCACUAUUAAUCAUAGAUUUCAAUUGCUGAAAUUUAUUUAACGGAAUUCAUUUCAGAUAGAUUAUAGACGGAUUUCGCAAACCUCGAAAUCGAUCCCAAUCAGGGCACGUUGGUAGUUUUGUUAGUGAAACAGCUAACAAGCAAGAAUUUGUCCCAGGUUGUCGGAAACCAUGAAAUGGUGCUACAAUGGUACCUCCAUUAACCGUCACCUCUAUACAACGGAUGCUUCUCAACAACGGACAAAAGUUGUUGUCCCAAAUUGUCAACAUUUAAAGGAACCUCUAUACAAUGGACAACUACACUGGUCCAAUCUGUGUCCGUUACAUGAAGGCUCCACUGUAUUCUCUUGGUACAAUCAUUUCCUAAACUGUACAACUAUUGUUUUAAAAGCCUUCUUCAUACUGCUGUUAAAACCAUUGACCAACCCGUUUACUUACUUCUAAAGUUUUUUGCAAAAUUUUCAAGGCAUUGUAAAGGUGAAGGAAGGCAGGUUUCUUUUUUGUACUUCACGCUUUUGCUUUUGUCCAACUCCUAUUUUUGUCAGUCUAAAUCAAUCUAGCUCAAGACAAAAGGGGAUAGUUUUUGUAGAUGUGCUAACAAGGGUGGUCAAAAGGUGGCCCCAUUGUAAUCAAAGUAUAGCUUCGAAGAGAACACACUGAAUCUUCCAACAGAAGCUUAUUGGGGACAUGGGGAGGGAUUUCACAGUUACAAGCAAAGACAAUUCUCAAUGUUUCUAUCAUUUUCAAUUGCUCAUGACAUUGCUGUCAAGUUAGAGGGGAAAAGUAUAUUUUCAUAAUCUGUUUCAAAAUUUUUAUGCCAGCCAGUCUAGCAUAUUUGUGGAUUUUCAAGAGGUUUCUGAGUUCUUGCCUUUUCCAAGUUUCCAUAGUUGCUCAAUUCUUUUUCUUGCGAAUACUGAAGUUUGUUAACUUUUUCUGACUGUCCAAUACUCGCUUCUUAUAAAGAGUUUUUUU